AUGUUAAAAAUAAUUAUUUUUUAUUUUUGUAUUUUUUAUUUUUCUAUUGGUGAGAUUGUGGAGAAUAGUGUAUUCAACUGUCCAAAUAAUGGAGAGCCUAAAAGGGAUAUAGACAGUGGGGAACUUAUUCAAUGCCUGCCUGGUUGGUCAUCUGAAGCCACUUGUGGGCCAAACUACUCCUGCUUCUUUUCCGGAUUUAAUUAUCAAUGUUGUCCAACUGAUGGAAAUGAUGAAUUAAUUAAUUCAAAAUUAAAUAAUAAAGAAAUUAAAAAAUCUGAGGAUGAAAGAGACGAAUGCCCUGACGAUGCUUUGGCGGUGCUUGAUUCUGCUGGGGAUGUUAUGUAUUGUGAUGGGGCAGGGAAAUGCCCUAAUGUACAUAUAUAA